AUGAGUUUCAAAACGACAGAGGUAUACGCUCACCACAAGAUCCCACUGGAAUGCACCAUCUACGCUGGGCCGGACAUCGCUGAUGAUGCUCCCGUUGCGCUCUUCUUUCACGCUGGUGCCUUGAGCGGCUGGGUCAAAGAACGCAUGCCCCCAUGGCUAGUCCAAGCCUGUAUCGGUCGCAAAUGGCCUCUUAUCACCGCCGACUACCGGCUCAUGCCGCAGGCAACCGCCAGCGAUCUGCUCCAAGAUGCCAUGGCAGCUUACGAAUAUGCUCAGAGGUGGAACACGACAGGUGAAGCAAGGCGCAGAGUUAUUGUGUUUGGUGCAAGCGCUGGCUUUUUCCUAGCUACAACCCUCGCGCGGCACCUCGAACAACCACCUAUCGCGCUCUUCUCCAUCAGUGGCAUCACAACCUUCCAGCAUCCAUUUUAUAGCUCCAGCAUUAGCAUCACUGAUGACCAUAAGACGGACGCUGAUUUUGAAGAAUUUGAUGCGGAACCAGUCCAAACAUGCCGCAUUACGACAGAAACUACGGGCAUCUUCCACAUCGAAAUGCUUCUGCCUGACGGGAGCCGCAACCCGGACUUCAAACAACCGGCACUAGUUGUUGCAGAGGAACACCUGGAUCGUCGAGGUGGACUCAUGUACGAACACUACAUCCGCACGAAUAAAUAUCCAGGCCUUGUACAAGCAAUUGACGACGGUUUUGAGUGGGUCGGAACGGAUGAGCAGAAGAGAAAACUAUGGCCGCCGACUGUCAUUUUUCACGGCAAUGCUGAUAUUGCUGUUCCACACGAUAUCAGCGUCAUGAUGCAACAAAAGCUUGGAAAAGACAAGGUUGACAUCUUUAUUGCAGAAGGACAAGAUCACCUCUUUGAGAGCUCCUUGUAUCUAGAGGAUACACUGCCCUCCAUGGAUCCGGUCCGUCGAGCGUUGGCCCGCUUAGAUGAAGUAGUUGCAAAGUGUAAGAGUAUAUAA